AUAAUUGUUUUAUUUGAUGACAUUCAUGGUUGUGGACGAACAAAAAAGUAAAGGUGCUGAGCUGUAUAUACACAAAAGCUACUACAAGCUGGACCAUGAGUAACAGCUCCUUGGAUGGUCAUUUGGAGCUUCUCUGUGGGUCACUAUCCCUGGAGGACUCUUUAGCAACAGUUAAAACAUUGACAAAGAUUGUACAGAAUGCUCUGGACCAUCCUGGUGAAGAACGAUAUCGACAGUUGAUCCUCUCUAAUAAGACUGUCAGUACCAAAGUGUGGAAAUAUGUCAGUGCUCAGGAGUUCAUGCUGGCUAUCGGAUGGGUACAGAUUGAUGGAACUAUAGUAUUACCCUCAGACGACCUUCUUCCUGAUGCUUUAAUUGCUCUUGCCAAAGCGCAAAGUGUAUUGGAUAUUGUCCCUCCCCCAUCUAUCCCACCUCAAACUACUACAAGCUCAAGCACUGCUCAGACUGAGAUUCAGAAAGAUGCUUAUCAACAACGAAUGAGAGAAAUGAGAGAGCAAAUGAAACAUGCCGAGCUAGAGAAGAAGAGAAUUUCUGAACGGAUUAAAGCUGACCGGAGAGAAACUGAUCAAAGAAAAGCUCAAGCAUCUCGAUCUACUCAUGUUGCGUUUGGCUCUCGGAUGACCACUUUCGGUGACAUAGGAGUGGACCUAAACAAAGGGGGUGGAUGAGGUUAGCCCCUUCCUGGGACUGCUGCAGAUAUCACCAUAUCCAACCUGGCACAGCCAACAAACUGUGCUCAUUGAUGGUGUCUCCAUAAAUGUACAUGUACACUGGAGACUCCGGAAGAGUGAUUGUGUGUGUAUCUGUAUAAUAGUACUAGUGUUGUUGUUUUCAACCAUUAUUUAUUGUACUAUG